UCUCAGCGAAGUGUAAGCGAAUGUGGGGCAAAGCUGUUUUGCCUACUCAGCUGAAAAGUCCGGCCCAUUCAACCGCUUUCACUGGAAACGACUUUCGCUUCAGCGGAUACGCGCUUUGAGCGUCGCGUGCACACACAGGAUACGGAGUUUAGGAGUUUAGAGAUGGAUUUGGGAAACAUGGCAUCAGUAAAAAAGAAAAAUUUUUUCAAAUCGGUUUUACCGGCGGAAGAGUUUUUUCUUAGGGACGUAGAAGACACCAGUUUGGCGUUGCCAAUGGAGGGACAGGUAACCACGUCGCAGAGUCACUCAGGAGACAGAGUUCAGCAGCAAGUGCAGCUCACCCUAGCGCGGAAGGGGAAACGGACAAUAUCAAACGGCAAUCUCUACCCCUCCAGAAAUCAGACGUCAGCAGAUACCGCGUCCGCACCUGACUCGGCAAGCGGACUCCUGUACAGGAAGUGUUCCUCCACAGGUCACAUGAACGGGGGCUCCUGGGGUAGGGAGCGCUCGUCCGGCCGAUUCGCGUGGAAAGAGAGCACCAAGAGGAUGACCGUGAGGGCCGAGGCCGCUGGCCAGCCGAAUUCGCUGGGCUCCCGUCCGUGCCAGGGGAGCGCGCGCUACGGGAUGUCCUACGGGGGGGCCUACACCUUGCCCGUCCGCAGCCUGUCCAGCAGCCGCAACGCGCAGGCGGUUCGGUCCCAGGCCGUGGGGCUGUCCCAGAGCUCCGCCCGCUCCGAGAUGAUCCACAGCAUGAGGCUGGGGCAGGCCCCAAAGCCCAUGGUCCUCCUCAACGACUCGGUCUUCGAUCCGACCAGCCCCGUUAUGGCCAACAGCCACCACCAGGAGGCGUUCGCGAGCAGCCGGCAGGCUGAGCAUCAGUUCUUCCUCAGCCGGCAGCAUUCGGAGGGGUACGCCAUGCUCCAACGAGUCCGCCAGGCGACCAAAGUCCAGGGCAUGAGGCAGAACUCGCACCCCCCCACAAAUCCGAUCUCGUACUCCACGUCCAUGGCCAGCAUGGAGGUGGACGCCGGUCGGAUACAGCCGGUGACCAGACUCCAGGCCCAGCAGUCGAUGGCCAACGGAAACAUCGUCCAGGGGAAAUCGGAGGGUCAGGCGACAGAGCUGACCCUGGAGAAGGCCAUGGGUCUGCUGAACCAGGAGAACACGGAUCUGCAGGUCUCUGCGGCCCAGUACAUCCAGCACCAGUGUUUCGGCAGCGCCGAUGCCCGGAGGAUGGUGUUCUACCUGCACGGCGUCCCCAAGCUCAUCGGCCUGCUGAAGGUCGACAACGAGCAGCUGCAGGCGGCCGCCGCCGGCGCCCUGCGAAACGUCGUUUUCGAGAGCAACGACAACAAGGUGGAGGUGAAGGAUAACAGCGGAAUCCCCGUCGCCCUGCAGCUCCUGAACACGAACCGCAGCAUCGAGAUCCGCAAGCAGCUCACUGGGCUCCUUUGGAACCUGUCCUCUAAUGACAUCCUGAAGGAGUACCUCGCCAAAGAGGCCCCGCAGACCCUCACUAAGUCCGUUCUGAUUCCCUGCUCCGGCAUCUACGAGGGGGAGAACCCCAAAGACGACAUGCUGGCCGACCCGGACACCUUCUUCAACGCCACUGGCUGCCUGCGGAACAUGAGUUCGUCAGGGCCGGACGGGCGUAAGAUCAUGCGGGAGUGCGACACGCUCAUCGACUCUCUCGUGCACUACAUCCGCGGCUCCAUCGCAGACUACAUACCUGACGACAAGUCCACGGAGAACUGCGUCUGCAUUCUGCACAACCUCACGUACCAGAUGGAGGCGGAGCUUCCUCAGAAGUACGUCGUCAAGAUUGCCGAAUCGCAGAAGAGCCCGGUCGCCAAGAACAAGUCCCCCGGCUGCUUCGGGGUGCGGAGCACUAAGGCGCUGGAGAAUUUGGAGAAAGAGGGCCCCCUGCUGGAGGAGAAGAGUAACCCACAGGGCGUGGAGUGGCUGUGGAGCCCCAUCACUGUGCGCAUGUACCUGUCCCUCAUGGCCCGCAGUUCCCGCCGCUACAGCAAGGAGGCAGCGCUGGGCGCCCUGCAGAACAUCACCGCUGGAAACGGCCUGGUGUCCCAUGCCAUGGCCUGCACCAUUGUGAAGAAGGAGGGGGGGCUGCAGCAGGUGAAGAAGAUCCUUGAGGAGGACGAGCCGGCGGUGAAGAGGACGGCCGUGUCCCUGCUGAGGAACCUGUCUCACUAUGAGGAGCUGCACUCCGACAUCGUGCAGCAGGUGCUGCCCGAGCUGCUGGCCAUGCUGCCGGACCCCGACGCUAACGCCCAGCCCCCCACCGAAGUGACCGUGUCCCUCUGCAACAUCCUGCUCAACCUCUGCCAGAACGCCCCGCCCAACGCCCGCGCCAUCCUCAGCCAGGGCGGCCUGAAGAAGAUCGUCGCCAUCAGCGCCAAGGACUUCGGGAACAUCCCCUCCAGGGAGAGCCAGGCCGCCAGUGUCCUGCUCCACGCCAUGUGGAGGCACACAGAGCUGCACGGGGUCUACAAAAAGGCGGGAUACAAGAAACCAGCUUUCAUCAACAGCAGGACCACCAAAGCGGUAAAUUUUGUCCACGAAUAAGAGGAGGCAGCAGGACUCUGUAAUGACACACACAGACCCCUUCUCUCUCUUCUCUCACUCAGCCUGCAUGCAGUGUCCUAUUCUACUGCCUGUGUCUGUCUGUCAAACCAAUCUCAGGCUGUUACAAGCAACCACAAAAAACUGCAAACUAUUCAGUUUCUAUUAUUAGUCUUAAUUACCCCCUUCUGUGCCAGUACUAUUAUUGCAUUAUUUAAUUUUUAUGUGCAAUUCCCAUUUUUGAGGGAACAAAAAUGUUACUGCCCAAUGCUACUAAAAUAUCUGAGAUUAUAUACGAUGUAAGCAGCACAUAAGACUGGAAACACUGCAGUCAAUCAUCUGUGAUUAAUUAGCACAGGUAUGUCAAAAUUGGCAAAGUGGCAUCCUAUAUUCCCUAAUUUCUUGUGAAUAUAACAGGUUUUUUUUUUACUAUUACAAUCUUAUGUUUAUUCUGAAAUGUCAUUGAAAAUUUUAAUCUCAUUUGAGGGAAGACUGUGAUUGUGCACACUGUGGAGAACCCACGCCCCCUGGUGGUUGAGUGGGGAUGGUGCCACAAGAGGGAAAUGUGCAAGUAAGAGUUAUGCAUUAUGAGUUCACUGUAAUCACUGUAUACAGUAAAUCGAGGAAAAAAUAACUUGCUUCUAAAUAUCCCCAACUUAAAGGGGGAAAAAAGGAUGAUCAUGUUAAUUUUCAAAUUUGUGUGUAUGCAUUAAUAAUAGGCUAUCCCCAGUGUUCAGCUUUAAAUAAUUAUCUUCCACCCGGUCCUGCUUUUGGACUGUUGGACGUGGCCGAUUGUAAACGCUGUCCCAGAAGUGUCUGGGUCCCUCAGUCAGGUUCCAUUCAGCACAGGGCUAGCGAGCCGUGCUAGCGUCUGCCUGGCAGAGGAUCUCACGGUAUCACUGUGGACGGGGCAGCGUCACUUUCCAUUUUAAAGUUCCAGUGUUGGAAAUAAAAGAUUUCCAUGGAACCUGAAAACUGGUACGGUCCAAGAAAGACCCUGAUAUGCAACUGUAGCGGCCCGUUUUUCUAAUGCACGUUAAAAAUGUUUCGCAAACUUACACUGUACAAAGUUGUUUUUGUUUUUUUUCUCUUUAUUCGCCACAUGCGUGACCCGUCUUGUCUUUAUAUUUUUGCUGUGGCUUCCAUGUUAAAUGUGUGAGACUCGGAGCGAUCUAGUGCAGAAUAUAGCAAUGACAUUUUUUGUUUGAACUGACAUGGGUUUGAAUAUAUAGUAAUUAGGAAAAGGUUGCCAAAAAGUACCAUUUGAACGAUCACUGAUCAGGUGUGAAUAAAUACAAAUGUAUUCUAUUUGUAUCAUUUCUUUUGUUACUGCCUUUUGAAUAAUCUGAGUUACUGCUUAUCUUGGUUUACCAAAAAAAAAUAAUACAAAAAAAUGUUACAUAAUUUGCCAGUGCUUUAAAAUGUCUUAUGAAAAAUGAAUGUAUUUUUGUUUCUUGCACUGUAACCGAGUGUAAAUGUAUUCAGCUGCAUUACUGUUUCAUUAUUCUUUGCACUACAUAUACCUUUUCCUGCAAACAGCUGCAUUGUAUGAGUCAUGACAUUAAAUGACGUUUAAUAAAUGCCUGUUAGAGAAAUUUUUAAUAAAAAGCUUGUGUGUAGUUAUGUACAGCUAUGUUUGUAUUGAGAUAAUUUUGUACUGAAAUAAAAAUUGAAAGCGUCAA